AUGAGCAGGCAGGCACCGACGGUGAGAUCUGUGCUGGGACGAAGAGGCUUCAGCUCAGCCUCGGAGAUCUGCGGCCGCAGCUACGCGGCGUCGGCCAGCCAGCCCGCGCGGUGCGGCGCCUACAGCAGCAGGAGCGUCUGCAACCUGGGCGGCAGCAGGAGGAUCUCCUACGCCAACGGGGGCUGCGGCACCGGCUGCUUUGGGGACAUGGGCUUCGGAGGCGUGGGCUACGGGAGCGUCGGAGGAGGGAGGGUGGGCCUGUGCGGCCCCCGGGGGUACAACAUCGUGCGGGGGUACCCCGAGCGCAAGGCCGACGGCAUCCAAGGGAUCUGCAUCGACGAGCGGCUGCUGAAGCCCCUCUGCGUCGGGGUGGACCCGCUGGAACACGAGAUACGCUGCCAGGAGAAGGAGCAGAUCAAGACCCUCAACACGCAGUUUGCCUGUUUCAUCGACAAGGUCCGAUUCCUGGAACAGCAGAACAAAGUGCUGGAGACCAAGUGGGGCCUCCUGCAGCAAUACGUGCUGCCAAAAAAAGGGAAAAACCUGGAACUCUACUUUGAGAAUUACAUCUGUGACCUGCGGAAGCGCCUGGACUGUUUGCUCUGUGAGAAGCAGAAACUGGGCAGUGAAGAAUGUGCCACAAGCCAGCUGGUGGAGGAGUUCAAGUGCAAGUAUGAAGAGGAAAUCAACAGGCGCACAACUGUGGAGAAUGAGUUUGUGGCACUCAAAAAGGAUGCAGACUGUAUCUUCCUGAACAAGGAAGAGCUGGAGGUGAAGGUAGAUCUGCUAAGGAGGCAGCUGGAGCUGCUGAAAUGUGUGUUUGAGGAGGAAAGGGCCCAGGUUGAUCGCCAGCUCUGUGACACCUCUGUCAUCGUCAAGAUGGACAACAACCGAGACCUGGACAUGGAAAGCAUCAUCAAGAACGUUGAGUGCUGGUACCAGGAGAUUGCCCAGAAGAGCAAAGAAGAAGUCGAUGCUUUCUACCAGACCAGGUUUCAGGAGCUGCAGGAUAAGAGAGGGAAAUACUGCCAUGACCUGCAGAGCAACAAGUGUGAGAUUUCAGAGCUGACCCGGAUGAUCCAGAAGCUGCAGUGUGAGCUGGAGAGCGUCAAGAAGCAGGUCUCCUGCCUGCAAACCUCCAUUUGUGACGUUGAGCAGCGUGGGGAUUGUGCCCUCAAAGAUGCCCGGGAAAAGCACGUUGAGCUGCAGAACGCUCUGCAAAAGGCCAAGGACGAGCUGGCCUGCAUGCUGCGGGACUACCAGGAGCUGCUCAACGUCAAGCUGGCUCUGGACAUCGAGAUUGCCACCUACAAGACUCUGCUGGAGGGUGAAGAGAGCAGGAUAUGUGUGGGGAACCCUGUGAGCGUGUCUGUGGUCAGCAGCGGCUACAACAUCCCCGAGGACUGCGGGAUGAUGGUCAGCGGGGCGGCCGCCUGCGGCUACGGCUCGCUGGGCCGGCGGGCCGGGCGGCACAGCUCCCAGGGCGGCGGCUUCAGCUCCCGCAGCGCCGGCGUCCACCCCAAGCGGGUGCUCAGCUCGGUGGCCAAGCAGUGCAUCCCGGAGGUGUUCUGCCCGGCCGGCGCGGCCGGCUGCAAGGCCGGGGCCUUCAGCUCCCGCAGCGGCGGGUACCCGGCCCCCCCUGUCAUCCGGCAGCUGGCGGGGCCCCCCGUCGUCGUGUCCAGCAGCCCCGAGGUCGUGGGCUGCAACAACGGCGUGGUGGGGAAUUUUGGGGUGGUCAGAGACCCCUGCGUGGUCCCGUAGCACCCCGGCGCUCCCGGACGUGCCAGCCCUGUGCCGAGAGCGUGCAGGGCCGUUCCUCUGCCCCUUAGCCGCAGCAUUUGUCACCCAACCCGCUCCCACAUUUGUUAGCCCUGGAUUUAUCCCCCCAAACUGUGUUUGAGAGUCCCCGAGCCUAAAUACCCCUCUAGAAACUUCUGCAGGUGCUCAGCACAGCGUGAUUUCUGAAUCCUCACUUAAGGUUAUCGCAGCUUUAAGGGUUUAUUUGUUGCGCUGCUUCUCCCUCUGUCUUUUCCCAUAACGAGCUGAUUAAUUAACAAUAUUCCCCACUCCAAGCUCCCUC